AUGGAUUCAGCCAGGACCUCAGAUAUCGUUGAUGCACUGCAGAAAGACCUUGAUUCUAUUGAUGAUUACGAGACGCCUGACUUCGACACCGCCUACUCCCGACUCGCAGCCACUUGCAACCCCUCUACCAACUUGAACGAGCUCGAAGUUCGGGCCAUCAUCAUCGAACACCAGCAGCAGUUGGAUGCAGUUCAGCUCAAGGCCUCAAACCCUAGCGAACUCGAUGAGAGUGAUCGUGCCAGGAAACUUCGCCGGCGACUCUUAGAACAGGAAGACGAGAUUAUCGAGUCCCAACAUACACACAGGAGACCUGUAUCAACCCUUUGGCACUUUCCAACCGAAAUAUUAUCGCUCAUUUUCGUUUACUGCCUCCCGGAUGACAAGUACAUGUUGCCCCACCCAGAGAAGGCCCCCGUGCUACUGACCAGAGUAUGUCGACGAUGGAGAGAGGUUGCUGUGGACAUGCCCGGUUUGUGGUGCAAACUGUCUAUGGGCCAUAAAUUUCAGCGUUCAGCCGCCUGUUGUGACUCUUGGCUCGAGCGAACACAAGGACAUCCGCUCUCAUUGGCAUUCUGGCGUGGUCGCAACAAUCACUGGAUCGAGUCACGAAGCCUUCUUCAGCCAUAUAUAACUCAAGUCACUUCACUUGCUCUUCUCUCUGACUCCGGUGCCAGCCUGCCUGUGGUAACAGACUUCAUCGCACUCGAAGAGCUGACCAUUUUCGCGGACACUUAUCAUCCUAUGCUAGAUGUUGCCCACUCUAUCUCGCAAUCACCUCCCACUCUGCGCAGUUUCAACAUACCGCGCCCGCGCUUCGAACUCGAGUCCUUCUCUGACUUCAAACCCGCAUUAUGGGCCAAUCUCACAAAUGUCCAGAUCACGGUGGAUCAACCGCAUACAAUUAGCCACUUGCUCUAUCUAUGCCCCGACCUCACCUCCUUAUUGGUCGGUAUAUCUUUUAAUGCAAAGCAGGUUUUAGAACCAUUCACGCACACCAAACUUCGAUCCUUAAGCAUCGUUUCCGGGGGUUGGAAUCGUGGUGGCGCAAUCGUGGAUCUUGCCUGGGGCCUAUUCGAUGCUGUCUCACUCCCCGAACUACGCGCACUUGAAGUUCACUAUGUACAACCAUGGCCUCAUGAGGGAUUCAAGGCAUUUUUGACACGAUCGAACUGUCCCCUUGAGAGCCUAAUAUUCGGCCCUGGAGUGAUGACGACGGAUGAGCAGCGAGCGGAAUAUGUCGCCCUGAUUCAUUCCCUACAAGUAGUAGUGGAUCACAUGCGUCCAAAUGAUUAUUUUCAACUCAAACGGAAGAUCUUUAUGUAUUUCACGAAAUGA